GGGAGGAGAUAAGGGGAUGUGAUGUAGACAGGGAGGGGGUAGGCAGGGAAUCUUUAGAUACGGGAGGCAGAAUCACUGCAUAGGGAAGACACACGACAGCAACUGCGACAGGUACCAGCCUGCAGCCCAGCAACACAGCAUCAAGGAAAGAAUGUCUCCAUUGUUCCUCUGCCUCCUCUCCUCUUUUCUUAUAUUCUCCCAAUCUACUGGGUCCUCAGAUACUUGUGUAGUAAAGAAGAGGCAGAAGUUGACGGCCAGUCCUGAGCCUGGACUGACCAAGUGCCAGCAGUAUUCAAGUCAUUCAUGUUGUUCCCAGGAACAUAUAGACGCUGCUUCCUCUCUCCCCUUCCCAUGGGCGGGCUGCAAUUCCCUCAGUUCCAGGUGUGAGGAAUAUGUCAGCCGAGUGCUAUGUAUGUAUCUCUGCUCUCCCCACCUCUCCAAGUGGGGGCUCCCCGGGUCUACUGCUGGAAUACAUGAGCUGCCCAUCUGUAAAUCAUUCUGUGAUGAAUGGUUUGACGCAUGCAAAGACGACUUAAUAUGUUCAGAGACUACAGACCUCAAAACCAACUGCAGUAAAGGCUGUAUCACAUACAAGCAGAAAUUUGGUUCAGGGAAAAAGAUGUGCAAUACCAUCUGGAAACAUUCAUUUGUGGCAAUGACAGAGCAGUGCUUCUGCAUCACUCCACCAGAAGAGGGAGCCGAUGCUGCACAGUUUGACUCCGCCCACGCAGAGCUAGACCACACCCAGGAGGGCUCGUCAGGAUAUCCAGAGAUUUGCUUUCAGGACCCCCACAGCAUUCAACAUAACAAACGGGUGAGGAGAGCCUUGCGCAAGAGAAGUAUCCAACUAGAUCUGGAUGGUAGCGGCAGUGGAAAUGGCGUGUAAUGAAAAAACAA